AUGAUUACCAGCUCUCAAGGCCCAAACAAGCCACUAGUCAUUUUUUGGCGCAACCAGGCCGAUUCUGCUGCCUACGAAGCAGCACGGACACAGCGACUUUUCAAUGCCCAAAGCCCAGCACGAUAUCCGCUCGCAAUUGCGUUCGUGAAGACCCAGUCAGAAGUCGCGGACACGGUCAAACUCGCAAUUGAGAAAAACUGUCGCCUCUCCGUUCGUGCAGGUGGACACAGCUAUGCAAGUUGGAGUGUCCGGGACGAGGCCAUCCUCGUGGAUUUAAGGGAUCUGUCGGAGGGACCGAUUCUCGAUAACAACACCGGUAUUGCUCAUGUGUCGCCUAGCAUGACGGGGAAUGAUUUGGUGAGUUAUCUUUCCGCAAAAGGUCGCUUCUUUUCGCCCGGGCAUUGUCCAAAUGUUGGACUAGGGGGGUUUCUUCUCGGCGGUGGCAUGGGCUGGAAUUGCAAUGUACGUGGGAUCUUAUGCCCCUCAUGCUCCACUUUCAAAGUAAUUGCAAGACAUAUACUGAGCAAAAAAAAGAAUUGGGGCUGGGCAUGUGAACAGGUCGUCGCUGUGGAUGUCGUAACAGCCGAUGGUUCACUUGUUCGUGCAGACACUCAGCAAAACGCAGACCUUUUUUGGGCAGCAAGAGGUGCUGGCCCAGCAUUUCCAGGUGUUGUCACACGCUUCCAUUUGCAAACUAGGCCAGCUCCAAAACAGAUGCGCUCAUCGGGAUAUGUUUAUCCUAUCAAACAUUACAUGACGGCGUUCAACUGGGCGUUGAAGAUCCCUUCUGGCUUGGACGAUGGCAUCGAGAUUGUCGCUAUUGGCAGCUAUCCUGAGGGGUUGGAUGAACCCUGUAUUACGCUCGCGAUACUCGUUUAUGGCGAUCAAGAAGAAUCUAUAUCUGAGAUCUUGCAACGCCUGGACGAGUCUCAUCCCAAAGGGGCAGUGGCACGCUGGUUCUGUGAGGAAACCACCAUCCAGAAAGAGUUUGAGAAAAAGGCUCAAGCUUACCCGACCGAUCACCGGUACUUCGUUGACGAUGCGUGGCUCAAAGACGACAUCGAUGUUGCUGCGGUCCUCAAACCAGCCUUCACAAAAUUGCCAACUAAGAAGUCGUUGGUCCUGUGGGAGUCCAUGAUUCCAUGUAGUCGACGCAAUCUUCCUGAUAUGGCGGUUAGUAUGCAAUCUGAUCACUAUGUUGCACUUUAUGCCAUAUGGGAGCAUGAAGUUGAUGACACCCGGUGUCACUCUGUAAUAAAUGAGAUCAUGGAGCAGGUUGGAAAACAGUCUGUCGGCGCAUACCUUGGGGAGGUUGACUUCAGGACCAGAAAGACCAAAUUCUGGGGAGAUGAGCAGCGCAAAAGGAUCAUGGAAAUCCGGCACAAGUGGGAUCCUAAGGGCCGGAUUUGCGGCUGCCUGGGGUUAGAUGAGAUGAACGGCUUUUGCCACCCUGAAAAAAAAGGGUAG